AUGGAAGACUCAACGGAUCAGGCAGAUACAUCUUCAAUAGAAUCAACCGACGAUUCAUUGGAGCAAGGAUAUGAAUAUUCAACAAACUCGGAGAAUGAUUCAGUGGAACAGGAAGAUAAAUCUUUAUCAAAAUCAACAGACGACUCAGUGGACCAAGAACAGGAAUAUUACACGAAAUCUACAGUCGGCUCAUUGAACCAAGUACACGAACAUGCCACAAAAUCAACAGACAACUCACGGAAUCAAGAACAUGAAUAUGCUACAAGAUCAUCAGAUAAAUCAUUGGACCAAGAACAUGGAUAUGCUUCGAAAUCCACAGACGACGCAUUGGACCAAGAACAUGAAUAUGACACAAAAUCAACAAACGACUCAUUGAACAAAGAACAUGAAUAUAACACGAAAUCAACAGACGACUUAUUGAACCAAGACAAUGAGAAUACCACAAAAUCAACAAACAACUCAUUAAACCAAGAACAUGAUUUACCUAUGAAUUCAACAGACGACUCAUUGGACCAAGAACAUGAAUAUGCCUCAAAAUCAAAAGACAACUCAUUGAACCAAGAACAUGAAUAUGACACAAAAUCAACAAACGACUUAUUGAACCAAGAACAUGAAUAUGCUACGAAAUCAACCGACAACAUAUUGAACCAAGAACAUGUAUAUGCUACGAAAUCAACAGAAGACUCAUUGGACCAAGACCAUGAAUAUGACACAAAAUCAACAGAAAACUCUUUGAACCAAGAACACGAAUAUGACACAAAAUCAACAGAUGACUCAAUGAUCCAAGAACAUGAACAUGUCAUAAAAUCAACAGACGACUCAUUGGAGCAAGAACAUGAAUACAGCACUACGCCAGCAGACAACUAA